GGAAUCCAUCCCGAUUGGCAGGGCAACUCUGGUCAGUUGACUUUUGCGCUUCAACUGGAAGUGGGCGAGCAGCGCUUCGAGUCUGAUUUCGGCGCAAUGGAUUUGCACAGAGGCGUGCCUCUCGUCUCCGACGCGAUUGUCCAAGUUGUUGCCAUGAUGAAGAACGGAACGAAGGUCUCCAUCGGGUACACGUUGCGAACCGCAGAGUCUGACAUCACAGUGGUGAUCCAUGAGUAUGACCCAACGGAGGUGAAGAAAUUGCAGUUGCUGGUGCUGCCGGUGUUGGCCGAUAAGGCCUUCACCGCGGAAUGGAAGGACCCAAAGCUUCAGAUUCAAGAAUCCGAGAUGAAAGCUCUCGACUUCAGCGAAUCGACCCGCUGCAUCGAAAGCUCCCUUCUGCAGAACCGCUAUAACGCCUGCGGCGCAGGUCCGUUGAAAGAUUUGCCAAUCUCGAUGGCCUUGGUUCCUUGGAUCAGUUCUUUCACACCCAAGCCUUUCACAGUGGCUUUGCGGAAAGACAGCGCCACACAGGGCACCUUUCCGACCAUCGAGCAGAGUUUGAACGUCGCAUGGCAUGGCGUGGACGCGCCAGCCGCAUGGGCGGCCAAACACAAGGCCUGCGAGCUGUUGACCAUGAGCUCCGAGGUCAACGAGAGAGUAGCAGCAUCCGCCGACGCACUUUGUGAGCUUAUGAAAAACAAAUGUUUCGGCCAAGUGGAGGAGUUGAUGAAUAACUCCAAAUUUGGAUCCUCAUGGCAAAGUGAUGAGCUUCUGUUGGCAUCCAAAGCUUUCCAAAGCGUGGGUUGCUGCCACAAGCAAGGCCAGUGCAGCUUGAAGUGGUCCUACGAACAUGGCAAGCUGUGCUUGGAGCAAACCAAGGUGCAGGUGUCCCUGAACUCCUUCAUGGAGUUUCUUAGCCAGUCAGUGUCAGCUGGCAAUGAGUUGAGUUCGCAGGCCAGAGACUUUCCGUUGGACUUCCUCAAACUAGUUGCCGAGCAUGUGUGGCAGAUGCCUCCCCUCGAGUCCAUCCUCGCUGCGGAGGUUGCAACGUGGCACUCCAAGGUGGCGGAGCAGGUGUUGGCCAGCAUGAUCGAAGCGGGCAAAGGAGAAGCGGCCAACUUCAGCGAGGAACAGGCGCAAGAGAGCUUUGGGAAGGUCGCGACUCUGAAGGUACAGCUCCGAGAUGCAGCGCAAUUGAAGGACGUUCUUGUGGCACUUCGCUUGGCCGGCAACCUUUCGACCGUGUUGGUUCAGUGUCACGAGUGUGGAAACCACCACACGCCAAAGGCGGAGCAUUGGCAGCAGCUCACUGCGGCGCUGUGCCACGUGGAGAACAUCGAGAUCCGCUACUUGGACCUCGGCCAGUUGGCUCCGUGGAGCUGCGACGAAAACGGCCGAGUGCAGAAGUUGGUCUUGUACUAUGAUCGCAUCACCGAGCUGCCGGAGGAGCUAUUCGAAGGCACGUGGAGCCACCUCAAGGUGCUGGAGUUGCAUGGCAACAAGAUCAAGGAGCUUCCUCCGAAGGUUUUUCACCACACUCCGCACCUGGAGACGUUGGACCUGUACGACAACCAGCUGUCUGCGCUGCCGGAGGGGGUCUUCGCAGAGCUCCCAAAACUCAAGGAGUUGACCUUGGAUUACAACCAGCUCCAGAAGUUGCCUCCGAAGGAGUUCCAGGGCUUGGCCUCGUUGGAGAAAUUGAGCUUAUCGGAGACUGGGCUCACAGAGCUGCCGGACGAGCUCUUCCAAAACCUCACGAAGCUCCGAGCGUUGAACUUUGGAGGCAUCAGGCUUCGCCAGCAUCCCUCCAUCUGUCGAAGUGCAAAAAGAUCUGUGGAGUGCAACACCUGGUGAUCAUCAGAUUGAUUGCGCCCUUCUUCACAACUUCACAAAGACUGAAAGAACACUUGACUUCCUGCCACCGGAGUUCCAAAGAAGUGCGCUGCUGCGCCCCUUUGCGGUUGAAACCUGCACAGAGAGGAAGGUGGUCAUGUCAAGUUUUCCGUCCGUUUUGCAC